ACCCAUUACUGCGCCUGCGCGAUUUAUGGAUGCCUAAAUAUGUCGCCAAGAGAUUUGAACCCGAAUUUCAUUGAAAAGCUUCUGCAAUAUAAUCUCAUGAGUAUGUUUGUUGAAUACAAGCCGAGAUUUUAUUUUAGCAGGAUGAUUUGACGAUACUGGCUGUUUCCUGCUAGCGGGCAUUUCCAUAGCCACCCCUCUCCACCCACCAACCCAUGUGUGGGUCUUCAUCUUUCACAUGUUACGCUAAGAUGGCGGAUCUUCAGAUGAAAAUUAUCCGCAAAAAGUUGCAAAAGAAAAACGCCAAAAUUAAACGGAUAAAUUCAGCGGCGGGAGAAAAAGUGGUCAAACAAAAGAACGUGGAAAAUGAAACACCACAAGAGUCAAUAGGUGAUCAAGAAAACACUCCAAAAGAAUUGAAGGAAGAACAAAGGCUUACGAAGGAUGAAAGCGAACAAAAACCAGUAUCAAAUAUCAAAAAGAAAAACAAAAGGAAGCUUGCAACUAAAAUCCAGGAAACUGAAAUCAAAAAACCAAAGAAUACUGAGCCAAAGGAGGAUAGUGACCUGGAGAUGAACAAAGCUGAUGACUUAGAAGUGAUACAGGAUGAAAAGGAUGAGGAAAAUGAAGAACAGUCUGAAGAUGAUGGAGGACCAACUUUGCCUUUGGGGUUAACAGGUGCUUUUGAAGACACUGCUUUUUCCUCUUUGGCUGACAUGGUUAGUGAGAAUACUUUAAAAGGGAUUGCUGACAUGAACUUUACUCAUAUGACACUCAUUCAACAGAAAAGUAUCCGACCUUUACUGGAGGGCAGGGAUAUUUUGGCUGCUGCAAAGACAGGCAGUGGAAAGACAUUGGCAUUUCUCAUUCCUGCCAUUGAACUGAUCUACAAACUUAAGUUCAUGCCCAGAAAUGGAACGGGUGUCCUCAUUCUUUCACCAACUCGAGAAUUAGCCAUGCAGACAUACGGUGUUCUGAAAGAAUUAAUGGCGCACCAUGUUCAUACUUAUGGCUUACUCAUGGGAGGCAGCAACAGAACUGCAGAAGCACAAAAAUUGGCAAAUGGAAUCAACAUCAUAAUAGCAACUCCUGGCAGACUUCUGGAUCAUAUGCAGGUAGUAUGCAUUUAUCACUUACCAACAGUCCCAUAAACACACACAAGAAAG